CAGGAAGAGGAAGGCUGCGCGGAGCCCUUUCUUCUUCCUUUUGCGGUGCUAUCCGCGGAGGAGGCGUCUUGCUCUCUGGGCAGCUCCCACCCGGGCACCUGCCUACCUACCAACGGGGGCAGCAGCAAGGAGAUCAACCUCGCUUGACGCCCCUUUUCACGCGCGGCAGGAUGGAUCUGAACGGGCUCCUGUUGGACGAGGAGGGCGCUUUCUCCCUGAGCGGCUUCCAGGAGUUCACGGUGAGCUGCUGUCACCAGACUGAACCGCGCUCCUCUCCUCCCCGCACACGCCGGCCUUCGCCAGCUGACUGGGACCCCCUCCCCUUCCGCCAGGGAGGUGUCUGUCAUUUUCCUUUGGCGGGUGCGAAGGACUUCUGUAUUUUGCUCUUUGGGUGGCCACGCCCACCGGGUGCCAUUCUGUGGCCAUUCCUUCCCUCCGUUGCCUUGAGCUUCAAGGCACCAUAAUUGGGCUUUGCUGCACCUCUGUAAGCGCGGCUGUCAUCCCAGUUUACUCCCAGGUUCGGUGGGAACUUGGGAUUUAUUACUUCAGUGUCGAUAUGGCAUAUGCGUAGGCAAUCUUAAGGGGUCGGUCCGUCUUUUCCUGACUUUCAGCACAUUGUUUACCUCCAGAUGUUGUUGGGACUCCAACUCCCAUCAGCUUCAGCCAGUAUGCUAACAUUCAGAAAUUGUGGUAGUUGUAGUCCCAACAGCAGCUGGAGGGCCACAGAUUCCCCAUCCCUUGUUACUUAGUGGUGCAAUCUAUGUUUGCUAAUGACAGGAGUAUGGGAACUAUAGAAUCUGUCCAGACUGAUCACCUAGAAGGGUGUACGUUGGUAUGCCAAAGGGGCCAUACUGAUAUUGUAAAUGACAACAUGCUAAUUCUUUAUUUGCUCAACUUUAUCUAAUAUUUCUUCAAAGUAAGCUUGGGCCAGGCUUCCCUGGCAGUGUUAGAUGCAGACUUGCUUAACUUGGUUAAAAGCCUGAAGGAAAAUCCAUUCUGAUUGUUACUGUACUUCAAAACUUAUUAAGGUUUUUGCAGCACUCAAGUGCUGUAAAAGGGACUUCAGGACCUGUGGUUUCCUCCCUCUAUUUACUCUGGGGUUGCAGGUUUGGGGAUGCAUGAGAAAUCAAGGGGUAAUUAAGGAGUGUUUGGAAAUCCUGUAAACAGAACCAGGAGACAAAAGGAAGAAUGUCAUUAAGGAGGGCUAUAAAGAAAAGGCAUGAGACAACAGCACAAAAAAGAACUGGUGAAGAGUGUUAGAAAUAGUACUUUUGUGUGUGGCUGCAUAGGGUUUGGUGUUUUCAGGCCUGUUGAUUGGUUGUUGACAUAAAAUAUAAAGGAAAGCAAGUUGAUAGGUUUUAUCACCGAACUUGCAUUUGGCUGGGGAACACUGAGAAAAGGGGAGAAGGAAAGGAAAAGAGCAGGCACUCAUUCAGUCAUGCAACCAUAAUGGGAUUCUCUUUCCCCCCUACUGUGCUCUGCUUCCACAUAACCAGUGCUUUAUUCCUGGGGGGGGGGGGACUUUUUUCCAUUUAUUGUAUUUAUUUUUCCCAAUUUGAACUAUAAAAUUGUGGUUUUCUUGAGUCAAAAAGAGAGUACCCCUAAACUUUUCUUUAGAAAAAAAGCGCUGCACAUAACAAUUGGUAUUGGUUGAUGCAAAUCCUCCACAAUAACUUGUAAGAACAAAAAUUCCCAGAGCUGAGAGAAGCUAUUCAAGCACAGACCUGGGAGCAUAGAAGUCUGGAGGGAGCAGCCUGUUACAGGAAUAAAAGAGGAUGUGUGGUAGUCCAGAAAAACCUUUGCUGUCUUCUUCCUCCUUGUUGUUUUCUCCCAUGUACAUGAUCUAUGGCCUCAGAGUCAGGGGAUACUUCUCUCCAGACCAUCCAAGCUUGUCUUGUCCAUCCUUAGGUGUACUUCCAGCCUCCUUUUUAAUAAUAAUUUAAAAAAAUCCCUUUCCACAUUAAGCAGGCCUGUAAUUCUUCUGAACAUGUGGACCGUGCCACUUUAGUGUGGCCCUUUUAACAAAGGUACUGCUGGUGCUUCCCCAGUAAGUCCCAACCAUAUUGCUGAGUUUCUGACUCUAUAAAGUGAGUGUUCUUUUUGACUUAAAGAUGUAAAUGUCACUUGGUACUAUACAGUUUGGCCACAACUUUAAGGAAGGAUGUGAAAAGCAUUCAAAUAAUUUCAGAAGUUCUUUUAUUUAAAACAAAAUAUAAGGGAAGAUUGAGGGGGCUAGGCAAUUUUAACUGGGAAAACUGGGGUUUUCAGCUUCUUGCUAUUUAAGCAGGAUAGGGUGGUAUGAAGGUUGGACAUUUAACUUUGGUAAGGGUCUUUUUCUUCUGUUUUUGGAAUGAGUUUGGCUAGCCUAUAACUUGAAUAAAUAAACAAAUACUGUAUUGAAGGAUAACCGUUGAGCAUAGUUGUUGAGGGUAAAGCAAUCUGGGGGUAACAGUGCAGAUUUGUAGGAAUAUAAAGAGAGGGGGGCAUCUGGUGGAAUAAACAGGAUGGGGUUUUUGGAAUCUCCUUUCCUGGAGAUUUUAAACUGGUUCUUACAGUAUUCCUUUUUGCUUUAGCUCAGUGGUUAGCGUGUAUGGCUAGGUUGCCCUGCCUAAAAUGGAAGCUUGUUGGUAGAUAUUUAUAAUUACAGUGUUUUCUCCUACAGAUGCUAAUUAUACCCUUAUGCAUUGAAUUAUGAGACUGAGGUGUUGUGUGUCACUUGGGUUGGGGAGAAAGGUGAAGGUUCACAGCACCACACUCUCAUUUGCCAGUUUUCUCUCAGUUUCUUCCCAGGCACCAGCAGCUGAGUGAUCGGGUACGCAAGCGACUUUACUAUGGCUGGGAUAAAGAAAGUGCCCUUGAUAACCUCUCAAGCCCAGUUGCCGGUGAGUUUGGCUUUCAAAGGGGUCUUAAAGGGAGGGGAUAAGGGUGAAAAUCUCCCUUACUUUCUACUCCACACCACCACCUCCUUACCAUCCUCGGUACAAACGACAUUCAAUUGAAUUGGAUACAAGCUGGGGGAAAUACUUAAGAAUUUGACCGUAUAGUUUUCCUAUCUGCGCUUUUUGGCAUUUUGAUUGAUUGUGGUAGAAGUUUUUUGGAGCUGAGAUCUCUCUUCUCCCCUUGCUUCCCUCUUUUUCUCUUUCACAUAAUCUGGAACAGCACCGCUCACUUUCCCACCACCAAGUUUGGUUGCUAUAAUGUGUUCUUCUGCCAUAAUUCUGCUUGGCUCUAAUAUGGUUAAUUACUUCAUUUCCUGCUUUGUUCAUUUGUCUGCAUUGUUGUCCAAUUAAACACUCCAGAUCAUUGAAGUGGUGGAAUGUUGAGUCAUGUGCCAGAGAACUGCUGUGUGAGAGAGAACAAAUAUGUGUGAAUACUUCAUAGCUAGGAACAAGCCCUUUAUUUAAAGGUGCCCUGAAAGGCGGGGAGUGGUGGCCAGCAUGGACAAUGAUCAGGGAUACUGAAACUUGUAGUCCAGCAACAAUUGAAGAGCAACAGGUUGCCAUAGGCCUCUGGUUCCUAAACACCUCUAUAAUUGCUGUAGGCCUCUUGUACUUUUUAAAAUAUCCCGUCCUCCAUUUGAUGAGCGUUCACUUAUACUCUGUUCUUCUAGUAAGAUAUCCAGAGUGGUAUGAUUUCUUCCCAUUUUAUGGGAAGAAUGAUUUCUUCCCAUUUUAAUCUCUAGUAUGAGCUACCAGAGGUUUUCCCCCCGCCCUCAAGCUAUCUUGCAACUGUGACUUGCGAUUUUAUUAUUUGUUUGUGUAUGUAUGGGUAGGAUGGGAAUAAUGGAUACUAAUAUACAGCAGGAACUUCUGAGUGACUGACUCAGUAGAUUCCUUGUGGUUGCUAAGAGACAAGUAUUUCAGAGGCGGAAGUCUAAAGUUGGCCUUGAAUUGCUGGAAUGAAUGCAUAUAUGGUUGAUCUUGUCAAGUUGCAAGAAAAGACACAUGGGCCAUAAACAAUGCUAUCAGAGACAAAUAACAUCAAGGACAAAUAAGACAACUGUAUACUUAUACAGUUCCAGAUAGGUGUGUUCAGAUCUGGGAGAAACCAGGGCAAGGUGUCUAGUCUUUCUAUCCAGCUGUCAUAUUCUUGUUGACAUAACCUUGCUUUAAAAAAUGAUUUUCCAAAUGGAUGUUGCAUCUUUGGAGAUGAAAUUGAACCCCUCCCCGUAAGACUCCAAUUCCCCCCCCCCAUGUUUUCCAUUUGCAAGCACCUUUCUUUGCCAGGUUGGCUACAGAGGGAAGCAGGUAUUGUCUGCUGAAAAAGAGAUGGUGCUAAACUUUAGAGUGUGACAAUGACUUGGGGACAAGGGGUUCUGUGCACUGAGUUGAACCCUGCUGUUUUCUCCUUCCUAGAUAUUGCUGUUGAAUUGCUCCAGAAGGCUGCUCCCAGCCCGAUUCGCAGGCUCCAGAAAAAAUAUGUAUCACAUGUCUCCCGGUACGGCUCAGAAAUGAUUUUCUGUUUCUUUGUUGCCCAUACAGAGUUGUUUCCUGUUCUGUGGACUGGGGGGGGGAGUUUAAACAAUGUUUAAAUUUGUGCAAUUUCAUCCCUGCUGCUUUGAGGAUCAUUCUCAUACAAGGCAGCAUAUGCAUUAUUGAAAUAUAAAGUUAUAUAAACAUAAUAAUAACUUUGUACAAAAUCAGCUUUUCUAUUAAAAAAACAGUUGGGAGGGGUGGAGGGAAGCCUUAAGUUAGCAAACGCCCUCCCUUUAUGGGAACAGCAAUAGGUGGGAAGAAGUUUGAGGCUGUUGCCUAGAGUGGUUGCGGAGGAGUUUUUGAUGAAGUACUAAUUUCUUCACAAAAGAAAUUGAAUUCUAACUGAGGACAAUUAGAAAGCAGCCUGUGGCCUCUUCAGUGGGAGCUCAUAGAAAAAUGAGCUGGGGUGGAUAUAAGCCUAAGAGGUUUUUCCCUGGUUGCAGAGAGGAUCUGUGUCCUUGCAAAGCCCUUGCAAAGGCAAACAUGAAUUUUCUAUGCCUGCAGCACCUUGAUGGCACUUAGUUGAUCCAUUCUCAUUAAUACUUCCAAGCCUCCUUCGCUGUGUUUCAUCUUUUGUGAAUCUGUAUGGAGUUUGACUGCAGAUAAAGAUGUUGGGAAUGUGCAGUAUCUAACUUGCAGUACAUAUGACACAUGGGUGUUUAGGCAUGGUUUGUUUGUACAAUUAGAGUGGCCCCAAGAAUGGGCAGAGUCCUGAUUUCUUUAAGGUGGGAUUUUCAAGCUCCAAAGGUUUCUGGGGUAUAGGUGAUCUGCUUUACAGAUGAACUUAUGAUGGAGUGCUUGAGCGGUUGUCUCUUUUAACCUUUCAUCCUAGGGAGGCUUGCAUCUCCCCCUGCUCCCUGAUGUUGGCCCUGGUUUACAUUGAGAGGCUUCGGCAUCGCAAUCCUGAAUAUCUACAGCAGAUCUCCUCCUCUGACCUCUUCUUGAUCUCUAUGGUGGGUGCCUGGGUUGGUUUAGAGCAGGGAAAGCAAUGGUUAAGUAGUAAGAGAUUGUUUGGCCCAAAGAUCUCUGCCACAAGGAGCAUACACUUUUAAUGCUGGAAAAAGGGUUCCUAUCUUUCCUGGCAAUGCAGCUGCCAUAUCCAUUUUGAACCUCCAGCACUUCAGAACAUUUGCCUGUCUUCCGUUCCUUACAAUACAACUACAGGAGCCUGUGGAUCCCCAUCAUGAAGGCGCUGUGAUGUAGUUGCUAAGAAUGCUGCUCAUGAAAUACUAUUUGAAUUUUUUGCCAUGGCCCUGAACUUAUUGGGUGGCUUUUAAGCAAGCUGCUAAUCUCUGAGGCGCUGGUUCCCAUUUGAUAUUAUCAUGAUCUGAAUGGUUUAUAAGGAUCCAUGAGGAAUUUUAUACAAAGUGCUUUGAAUAAGCUGGUCCUGUGUAAAUGGAAACUGUUGUCUUCUCUUUGCCAUGGGCCAUAAACUUCAAUGUAACUUCCCUGAUCCUCCGUAACUUGACUUCUGUCUUUUUCUUUUUGAUUACAAGUCAGAGGUUUUCGUGCCAUAGGCCCCCUCCCACCAAACCAGAUAUUUGCCUUUUUUGAAUGGCUGGCUCCUUGUCUGUCUAACCUGUUAAAAACUGAGGGUGUUGAACUCUUCACACUGGCUGUACAGACUAUGGUCUGUACAGAUCCCUCUCUCCUUAUUACAGUGGUGCCUCGCAAGACGAAAUUAAUCUGUUCCACGAGUGUCUUCGUCUAGCGGUUUUUUCGUCUUGCGAAGCAACCCUAUUAGCGGCUUAACGGAUUAGCGCUAUUAGCGGUUUAGCGGCUAUUAAAGGCUUAUCGGCUUAGCGGAUUAGCUGCUAAAAGGCUAUUAAAGGUUUAGCGGCUUAGAUAAAGGGGGGGGGAAAGCAAAAAAAAAAUCUCAAGACUCGCAAGACAUUUUCGUCUUGCGAAGCAAGCCCAUAGGGAAAUUCGUCCUGCGAAGCAACUCAAAAACGGAAAACCCUUUCGUCUAGCGGGUUUUCCGUCUUGCGAGGCAUUCGUCUUGCGGGGCACCACUGUACCUGGGAAUCUUGGUAAGUUGAGGAUGGGGUUUUCCUCCAUCCUUAAAUGGGGCAACUGAUUCCAGUAGGAAAGCGGGGGUAUCUGUCCCACCUCCAUUGAAACUUCACCUUGUGCCACUCUCUUAGCAUCUCUCCUGUUGCUUUCAGAUGGUUGCCAGCAAAUACUUAUAUGAUGAAGGAGAAGAGGAGGAGGUCUUCAAUGAUGAAUGGGGUGCCGCAGGCAAAGUAGACGUACAGACCAUGAACACACUGGAGAUGAAUUUCCUCAGUGCCAUUGUAAGUCUGCUACAUCUACCAUGUCAGGAAGGGAGGGCUGCUGGGGAAUUUUCAGCUGAAGUUCAGCAGAAUGUAGACCAGUCACUGUGUUCAGAAGGGUGUGAGAGCAUGUUGGUUAUAAUUAAUAUACUGCUUUUCUUCACAGCCUACAGUAUCGUUCACAACAAUAAAUUCAUUAAACAAUUAAGUCAUAAAACUCUUUAAAAUGUCCAAAAAAUAUCUAAAUUUACUAGUACAAUCAAUAAGAGAGAGCAGUGAUGAAACAAUCAGUACAUUACUAUUUAAAAAUGCAGUUACACCAGAUCAAAACCAUCCACUAAAACAAUUUGUGUAGAAAAUUCUGGUUUUAACCUGGUGCCUGAAUAUUUCUGUCACUUGACUAGGGUGAGCAUUGAGUAUUGUCACUGUUGUAGAAAUGUUGCCAAACUGGGGCAGGGGGCCUGAGUGAAAAAAUAUUCAUAGGGGUGAACUUACCCCAACAACUUCUCUUGGGAAGCUUGGGAAGCUUCUUCUAUUAGAUAUGGAUAGCGUGGUGAUAAUGGCGUCUCUGACCCUUCCCACUCCUAAUCUUCUUGUAGAGGGAUCUGCCUUCCCAAUAGGGUAACUGCGUAUUCCAUGCAUCAUUCAAGUAAGAUUUGUUACCUUGAAAGUGAGUGCAUAGGAAGAGAAUUCUAGCUCCCUGGUUUAAGAAUUCCUGUUACUUUCUAUAGGAUUGGAGCCUCUAUACAGAUCCCAAGGAGCUUUUUGAAAUGCUCAGCUGGCUGGAGGGAUGGUAAGUACUUUUGCUUUUUCAGGAUGGCAUAGAAGGAGUCUUUUGGGUUCUCUGUUCUUUCUGGGUAUAUGCAGUUGCUGCUGUCCAUUAGGAAUAGGCUGAACAUGGCCUCAGAGUACCUUUCCACAUGCCUCUCAAAUACCUGGAUUGGCUUCAUUAAUGUUAACAAUGUUCCCCAGGGCAGGAAUGGUCCCAUAGUCCCUGAUCACUGGCAGGGGCUCAUGGUAGCUUGGAAUUGAGCAGCUUCUGGAAUGCAACGCAUUUAGCUACCCCUGCUGCAGUGCUAUCCAACAUAUCAUCCUGCUUGCUGUCUUCUUUAUGUGGCUUUGCAGCAUAGGGAAUAGCAGUAAUGGGCAUCUGUGUGAGUUCUUAAACGCUUCCUGUUCAUGGUGCAGAAUGCUGCCAGGAUACAAGGUCUUGAGACAUGAACUUUAUUUCCUUAUUUCCUUUCCUGCAGUGUGGCUGAGAGGCAGGGCAUCUGGCGUGGCUGGUUCACUUACACUGACCUGUGUGUCUUAAUGGAGCAAACACUGUGGCAGCAGGCACUGGGGCAUUUCUACCAGCAGGUGGCAAAGGUAAGGCAGGGCAAGCUAGGCCCAGCUUACUGAAUGGGAUGGGGGUUGGGGAACAGAGAGCAGCUAUCCUAUGUGGGUGCAGUGAUGCUGGAAAUGAAUAGACUCUCGAUGCCAAGGCAUGGGGUUUGUGCAUGUGUGUGUGAGAGAGAGGACAGACAGAGACUUACUAGAUAGGACCGGAUAUGCCUCUGUGCAGUGUUAUACUGUUGGCUGAUAAUUAAUAAAUAACAAAUUUACCCUUUCUAUUCUAGGCUGCUUUUCAAUAUACGCCCUUUAAGUAGCUCAGUCGAACAAAAAAUCUGCCGGAGACAUACAAAGCAGCUAAACCAACCAUAGCAUGGCUAAAAACAGCGGAUAUAAAAAUCCCAAAGAUAAGCAACAGAGCUAGCAGCAUUUAUUCAUCCAGCCUAACACAUCAGUGAAUCAAAGUUUUUAACGUAUUCAUUGAAUAGAAAAAGCAAACAGGUGUGCCAGUCCUCCCAGGGUUGAGAUUCCACAACCCAGGGUGCCACUAUUUUUUUAUUUUAAAAAGGCUCAGCCAAUUUGGUCUCACCCAAUGAUGGAAUCUGGAUGAAAACAUUCCUCUGCCAACUUGUACCCUCCUAUCCACACAUGUGCUAGGUAAACCAAACCUCUGCCUUUGAAAAGGAGAGUGUUCAGGGCAGUGUUCUUACCAGUGUAUAUCUGGUUGCUGCUGUGGGAAAGUGGGACACUGGGCUGGGUGGGCCUUUGAAUGGCUCUCACAGGAAUCUCCUUGAGUUCAUCUAUACGUGAUCUCAGGUGGAUUCUUCCAGGUGGGGCAGAAGGCAUGCUGCAUACUGACAUUUGUCAUCUCUUUUCACAGCUGGCUUGCAUUCUAGGUGUGAUGUACCUGACAGGUGUUGCUGCUGUCCUUGCUUCUACUGCAGUGGUUCAUCACACUAUACAUGUGAAAAGGGCCAGUCCUACUGAUUUUGCCAGCACCAGGGAUGCUCUAGCUGCAUACCUGCCUCUCCCCUCUUCAGCCCAGCAUCUGGAUCAUGGCUUAGUGCUACCUAACAGCUCUCCGUGCACAGGAGCAGAGAACAGAACCAUUCAAGGAGAGAAGCAGCAACAGCGGCAGCAGCAACAGCCAGGAAGCAAUGGUGUAAUGGCUACAGCACUCUACCUGUGGGGCAGCGUCCUUAAUGUGUUACCUUAUCCGCCACCAGCCCCCACCAGUCCCUUGCGUUGUCCACACUGCAGUCAAUCCACCACCUGCGUGGCAGCCAACCUCACAGUUUGCACCCACCCUGCUCCACAGUUGCCCCCCUUUGGACUUUCUGCCCACUGCACCAGCUGCUCAUGCUGGGGUUGGCCUCUUCCUGUGUCCUCUAACUGCAAAGACUGGCCUGAACCUCUGGCAUUGAAGCAGUGCCCCUCACAGGCUGCCUUGGAGCUUGGGAGGAUCAAGGCUUUCAUGUUCCCUAGCUAGGGCUGCAGGGGAGGGGAUGUAGUUUGGGCUUGGGGCUGGGGUGGGUGCACCUUGAUGGGAAAUGCUUUGGGUGUCUGGAAAGUGUAGGGCACAAGGCAGGAAAGAGUGGGAAAGGAGGUACCUAUCAGUCUGUGCCCCACUGGAUGUCAACUUCCCUUUCUGACUGCAGGACUUCUCUGCCCUCCAAAACGGUCACUUUGCCUAGGGGCCACAAUGAGUCUUCUGGAAUGAUGCAUCCCAUCUUAGCUGUGUAAGGCUGGGUAGGAUAAAGGACUGAAUCAGCGAGGCCUGGGCCUGUUGAAACCAGUCUUCUGCUACAGCUGAGCCAUUUACCUGCCUGAAAGGCCUGACUCUAUUUUUGUCUGGCUAUAUUGAGUAAAACUUGGGGUGAAUUCACACACCUUGGGAGAGCUAGUAUAGGGCACCAUGAAUGGCCCUCUAGCUUGGCUCUUAUUGUGUGGGAAUUUGCCAGGGGCACUUGGAAGUAAUCAUCUGUGGUGACUCCCUAUCAUGGUGAAAAAUACCAGCAAUUCUACACAUUCAGGCCACCAAGUGAUUGCCACACAAUUAACAUUACUUUGGCCUGUGCCUGCCUACCUUGCUUUCCUUUAUGAAGACAGUGUGCUUUCUAAGAGCCAUGCAGGACUAGCCUGGAGUUUUCUUAGCCAUAAGUCUGAGAAGAAAAGGGCACCGAUUUGCAGGGGGAGGCUCAUGAUCCAUCAGGUCAGGUCAGUGUUUUGGGAUCUCUGCUUGUGAGUGCUUGACUGCCCCCUGCAUUUCUUGGGCUGGGAGGGGGUGGAGGGAUGGCGACCACUUCUUACGCCCUAUUCCUACCAGCACAUUUUUGCUGUAGUUUUUUCACUAUUUCUUGUAGAUGGGAUCUCUUCUAAUAAAUAUAGCUGUUGAUGUGCAA